AUGCUCUCCAAACAACUCGCACUUGCCCUGCUCAUCGCAGUGGCUCAAGCCCGCUUCGGUCAAGAACAAGUCCCCAUCGCCGCGAUCUCGGCGGUCAAUGGUGGUAACCCGGGUGAGGCCGCCACCAUUGCCGGUGCAGCCAUCAGCGAUUUGCUCGCCGGCUCCAACGCCUGUGACAAAUUGAAGCGAGGUGAUGAGAUCCUGGCAAAACUCGGUACCGGCGCCGAUGCCGUCGCCGCUGCUAUUGGAAUGGUUGCCGCAGAGAAGAACUUCAAUCCUUUCGUCCAGGACAUCCCCACCAUCUGCAGUGAUCCCACCCUGCCAGCGAACGCACUUCUACGUGGCAUCACUCCUCUGAUUGACCCUGCUGUUGAUGGUGCCGCCGCUGUCAAUGCUCUAUCUGCUCAGACGGCUGCCAACCCUCUGAACGCCGCUGGCAAGAGUGUUGCUGAUCUGCUCACCGAGAAUGGAUUCUCCAACUUCAUCUCCCAGACAGCCGGUGGUGCUACCACUCAACCUGCCGCUGGUGCAGGCAAUGGUGCCGGUGCCGGCAACGGCAAUGGCAAUGGAGCUGGCAAUGGAGCUGGCAAUGGAGGUGCUGCUUCUAGCGCUGCCCCUGCCGCCACAAACUGUGGUGCUGCACCCGCAUCAACCGUUGCUGCUACAUCUGCCGCAGCUAGUGCUACCGCCACUGCUGGUACUGGCAAUGGCAAUGGCAAUGGAGCUGGUAACGGAGCUGGCAAUGGUGCCGGUGCCGGUGGUGCCGCUGACUUCGGCAAGUGCGUACCUACCAUGAAGUUCGAAGGUGGUCUCGGAGGCCGACCCGCAACCGAGUUCACUUUCUUGCCCAUUGACCCAUUGGUUGCUCAAGGCCAACAAGAGGCUCUUAACCCUAGUACGUCUUCUCUCCGGUUCCCCCAUCUACAUCCAUUACAAUAUCUAACAAAACAACUUCUAGACAUCAUUACCAACCGCAUCUGCGAUCAACUGACCAAUGUCUGCGGUGCCAGCGCUGCCGCAAAGACUCUGUGCAAGUCCGCCCAAGCCCAGAUCCUGGCCCUCGGCACCCGCAACAAGGGCACCGCCGACACCUGGAACACUCUUCUCGGAUUCCCCGGCACCGUCACAAACCCCAGCGGUGGUCCAGCCGAGCCUCCUGCCAAGAUGAGAAUGGUCCGCUCUUUCAGAGCAUAG